UCUAAAGUUUAAUUACCAAUUGCUCCUUGAGCGUCGCUCGCAUAUCUCCCUCCCGCCCGUUGCCGUCUUCCGCCCUAUUCACUCCCAGUUGUCUAUUCCAUGGAGCCCUCCUUGCCCUCCCAUUCCUCGAAGUCGUUGCCCUUCCCUUUCCUUCGAGUUUGAGGGCUAGGGUUUUCCCCACUCCUCCGACACCGAGCUCUCCUUUCCUUCUCUUCUCUCCCAAACCCUAACCCUAUCCGUCGCUCCUUCGCGGACGUCCUCCGCCUCUGUUCCCAUGGAUUAUGGAUAUCGAGCAGCCGAAGACUCCAAUCCCUUGCUCUUCUCCUCCACCUCCUCCUCCGCCUCCACCACCACGAAUAGCUAUUUCACGGAGCAGGCAUUGCGCGCGGGCUACAUUGACGUUGGGGGAGACAUCAGAAGGGGCGAUUUUAUGCAGCCGAUCACAUCCAGAGAAGCCCUGCAGCGAGAGCUCCAGAAGGAGCGGAUCCGGGAGAGCUCAUCGCGAGAGACAUCGCUCGAAGGAGAAUCUUGGAGGAAGAAGUGAGGAGGGAGUUGGAACUCGAGCGCGCGAUGGCCGUGAGACGGCUUCAGCCGGAGAGGUACUCCUCGGUGGCGGGGGCCCGGGUGCACCCUGAGGCGGGAUUAGAGCGUGGAAUGCAGAUUGGUCUAGAAGCUAGAAUUGUGGACAGGUUCGGGGCCCCUCGGGUGCCAUAUGUCUCCAGAAGAUAGGGUUCAUGAGUGGUCACCUCCUCCAUCACUUCCUCCCAAACCGGUGGUGAGAAGGAAGCUGCUUCUGCCUCAGCAACAGCCUGAGGUGUCGCACUUUAGACAGAUUACGCCGUCAAAGCCAAAAUUAUCUGGAAUGAAGAGGAAAUCAGUGGCUGUUACAGGAGGAAGUGAACUUCCUAGGCCAUCCAAUAAGGAAUGGAGUUGUGCUCUCUGUCAGGUGAGUGCCACCAGCAAGCAGGGCCUGGAUGAACACCUCGAAGGCAAAAAACACAAAGCCAAUCUAGAAGCACUAGUUGAAGGCAAGAAACCCAAAGCCACAGAAGCACCACUUGGUGCUAACAAAUUCAGAAGAACCAAGAAAGCUGUAGGCUCGACAUCUGUGACAAAGGUAACCGGCAAGUCAUUGCCAACAGAGGGUGCAUCAACCAAUGGGCCUGUGAAGAAUCAAAGAGAAGACAAGAAGCAACAGACGGUUCAGAAGAAGAACUACCGCUGCGACCUAUGCAAGGUGAAAUGCAACAGUGAGGUCAUGUUGGCCUGUCACCUACGUGGGAAGAAGCAUAUCGCCCAGCUUGAGGAGUCGAAAAAGGACGGCAAACCCAGGAUGCCGGCCAGUGCUGGAAAGAAGGUAAAAGUAAAUCAAACAGCAAAGAGAGAGGAGGUAGAGGAAGAAGAUAAGAAGGCAGAAGCUCAAUGAUUGAAGGAUCAAGAGUUGCUGAUUUUGUCUGUGAAUGCCAAAAGGACGGUAAGACGGAAAACCUAAUUCAAGUAGGGUAGCGAGUUCUUCGGACUUGCUGACAUAGGUAAGAUGCAAGUGCCUAGCCUUGAUGGCACUGUAUAGAACUGGUAUGGGCGUUUGGUGAAUAAUGUUAGGUUGAGAACUCUUUCAUAAUGCCCUCUGUCAAGUUGGGGCGAUGAUGCUUUGGUGAAAGCAUAUGAUAAAGUUUAAUUUUACCUUUAGAAUUUACAAGCUUCAGAUGCCUCUGCCAAAUGGAAAUGUGCUGCUGUAUGCCUAAUAUUAAUCAAGAUUGUUGUGUUCUU